AUGAAGGUGAUUUCGGUAUUAUACACACUCCUCCUAGUAAGGAUAUAUGCUUCAAACCGUUUUAGAAUCCUGGGUAAGGGUAAACAGGAUAAUGCGGUUGCAGAUAAUAAAUCUCUGGGUAGUUCAUCUGAGGAAUCACUACCUGAAAAAGAUGCAACCACUGCUACUCCAACAUCAAGAAAAAACCCUAUCAAUGAGGGAUUCAGGGAGUAUACUAUGGAUGAUAUGUUGGAAGAAUUGGAGAAGUACACGGAAAUUGGAGAUGAACACGGUGUUGUUUUAGAUAUAUCUGAUUUGAAGAAUGGGGAUAUAGAUAUUAUCAACAAGAAUUACCCCGGGAUAACGUACAAGAGAUAUGUUCCAAAGGUGGGAAUUUAUAUCAAAUCCGUUUUAGAUUCCGGAUCUGAAUUAUGGAAUGCAGCAGAGGGCGAAAAAUGUAAUGCUGUAACCUUGUCCUCAGGUAAAGGCAUGAUUACGGCUACCUUGGAUAUAAAACACAGUAACAAAAUGGAAUAUGUACGCUUCAAGAAAGUGAAUGGCGUUUGGAAAAACAUUACAAGGAGAAUAUAA